CUCAAACACACACACACACACACACACACACACACACACCUUCCACCUCCACCCUCCUCCGCUCUCCUCCUGGCCGAAGCAAGCGACGCCAGAUCUCUCCCCCCUUCAUCCCUGCACCGACAGCCGGUGAUAUGGGCUCCCCGUGAAGCGGAGGUGGUGGAGGGGAGAAGCGGGCGGGCGGGCGGUGGGAGGGGGGUGGGGGGAGAAGACAGCUGAAAAAACGGCGAACCGGGAGACCACUACCACCACCAUCACCACCACCACCACCGCCGCCGCCACCUCCAUCACCAUCACCGCUACUACUACCACCACCACUACUACUACUACCGCCGCAGCGAACGCGGACACUGCCGCUUCUGCCGCCGCCCUGGCUGCCCCCCGACACCGCCAUGGGAUCUCUGCAUCAUCAGUCCCUCCAACCGUGGGCCAUGUCGUGAUCCGGGGGCUCAGCCAGCGGGUUUUCUCUCCGUGAUCCCGAGGAGGAGGAGGAGGAGGCAGAGGAGGAGGAGGAGGAAGAGGACGAGAGGCGAGGAAAGGAGGGAAGGUGGUGGUGGUGGGGAAGAUGUUCGCCUCAGUGGGCCCUCGGGGCGGCCCGCGCCCAGCGGUCCCCGCAGCCAUCCCGGAGCCGGACCUGAGCCAUCUGACGGAGGACGAGAGGAAGAUCAUCAUGGCUGUGCUGGCUCGGCAACGAGAGGAGGAGGCGAAGGAGGAGGCCAUGUUAAAAGAAGAAAAGCCUAUCCAAGCACGAACGGUGAACCUGGUGGGGCAGAAGAAACCUCCACAGCAAAAUGACGUCAGAGGCAUCCAGCAGCAGUUGUCCAGCUACAGGGAGACGGUGAUCCGACAGGCCUCGGUGGCGGCAGGUUCGACCGUUCACCGGGACGACGCCCCGACCUGUGGCAUCUGCCGCAAGACCAAGUUUGCGGACGGCUGCGGGAACCUGUGCUCGUACUGCCAGACUAAGUUCUGCGCCCGAUGUGGAGGACGAGUGUCUCUACGAUCCAACACGCAGGACAAAGUGGUGAUCUGGGUGUGUAAUAACUGCCGAAAGCAGCAAGAAAUCCUCACCAAACCUGGUGAUUGGUUCACUACUCCUUCUGGAAAGCCCUCCGGCCUCGGCUCAGCCGUCAGUGAACCAUCCGUGUGCCAAACGUCCGGCGAUAAGAAACUCCGGUCUCGCUCCCAAGCGCCAUCCGACUCCACCACCGCGAUCCAAGACCCCAACCGACUCAGUGGGACCGGGACCACACCUGGAAACGACACCCGGUCACGUAGCGAACCACCACGAGACACGAGAAAUGGACGGGGAGGUGGAGGAGCCGGUCGAGGAGAGCGGCGGCCGGGUCAACCCAAGCUGCAGACCCAGGUGUCCAUGGACCGGAACCUGUGGGGGGAGUCCAGGGAGCGCAGGGAGAGCCGGCGACUGACAAAGGGACGCUCUCUGGAGCACGAUCCUGUGGUUGGAGGUGGUAGUUUGAGGCGGACAGAGGACGGGGGCUACCACAACGUGGACCACAACGGUGCCACCCCUUGCCAAGCAGGGCUGGUCCCUCAUGGAGGCAGAGGACACCCUGUGCCCAUGCAAGGUCGCGGCAUGGGCGUAGUAGGGGAUGGUGUUCGGCCCGGUCAGAGGACGGUGGGUGGGGGGAUUGGUGGGCCACAUGAACACACCCUUUCUGAGCAAGCCCCUCCCUCUGAACUUAGAGAGCUAACAGGUUCAGGACCUGGUUCAGCCGCUGGCCAGGGACCUGUAGUGAAGCGGACCAAACGGGAUAAGUCUGAGAGCAUGCUACGCAAUGAUUCGCUCAGCUCCGACCAGUCGGAAUCUCUGCGGCCGCCACCGCCGAGGCCCUACAAGUCAAAACGGGGUCUAGGCGCUGGAGGGAAGAGGCAAACAAGUGUGAGCAGUUCUGAGGAGGAAGGAGGGACCACGCCCGAGUACAGCAGCUGCGAGGACGCCGAGAUCGAAAGUGUCAGUGAGAGAGGUGACUGGGAGUGUUACCCGCAUGACCCCACCGUAUGGCACCAUCCUGUGACCUGGCAGCCGUCCAAGGAGGGAGACCAUCUGAUCGGCCGAAUCACCCUGAGCAAGAGGAGCGCUGCGAUGCCUAAAGAAGCUGGGGCUCUGCUGGGGUUAAAGGUGGUGGGGGGCAGAGUAACGGAGUCAGGGAGAUUAGGUGCCUUCAUCACGAAAGUCAAAAAGGGCAGCUUGGCUGACGUGGUGGGACAUCUAAGAGCAGGGGAUGAGGUUUUGCAAUGGAACGGAAAGUUGUUACCUGGCGCAACUAUGAAGGAAGUUUACAACAUCAUCCUCGAGUCUCAGGCCGAGCCUCAAGUGGAGCUGGUGGUAUCCAGACCUAUAGGGGUGUGUAGAAAAUAUCAUGAUAUCCCAAGAAUCCCCGACACGUCCCACCCUCCAUUAGAAUCUACAGGUUCCAGUUCUUUUGAGUCACAGAAGAUGGAGAGACCAUCCUUAAAUGUCCUGUCUCCCUCCAGUCCCGGGAUGCUCCAAGACGCUCCGCAGUUAAUGCCGGGGCAGCUCUCAGUGAAGCUGUGGUACGACAAAGUGGGUCACCAGCUAAUAGUCAACGUGAUGCAGGCUGUAGAUCUUCCGCUUCGACCGGACGGGCGGCCUCGGAGCCCCUACGUCAAAAUGUACUUCCUGCCUGACCGCAGCGACAAGAGCAAGCGGAGGACGAAAGCCGUGAAGAAGACCUGCGAGCCCAAGUGGAACCAGACGUUCGUCUACCCUCACGUCCACCGCAGGGACUUCCGCAACCACAUGCUGGAGCUGACGCUGUGGGACCAGCCCAGAUCACCGGAGGAGGACAGCAUCUUCAUGGGAGAGAUCCUCAUAGAGCUGGAGACGGCGUUACUGGACGACAAGCCUCACUGGUACCCACUACAAACCCACGAUGUCUCAUCCAUACCGCUGCCCCAACCGUCCCCGUACCUGCCCCGACGUCACACACACACAGAAACACCCGGCAAGAAGCUGCAGCGUUCACAGCGUGUAACAGAGCCUGAAUUUGAUGAGGGUACAGCAGUAGUGUCUAAAGCAGCGGAUGGGCGUGGCAGGGAGAGGCAGCGGGAGCCCUCGUCGACGCUGGAGGUGCCGGAUCAGCAGAGGACGCCAUCGCAUCACGUACGAUCCCGCUCCGUCUCCCCGAAGCGCGAGGAGCAGGGACGAAUCCGAUCCCGGCCUCCCAACGUUCCCACGCAGAGGAGUUUGGACGACGAGCUUCCUCACAGUCGCCGCUCUCGUUCUCCAGCCCGCUUCUACGACUCUGCCAGAGGUCGCCACCAGGAGGAGGAGUACCUGGACGACAGUGAGAUCAUCAUGAUCCACCAGUCAAUGCGAGGCAAAAGUGCCGAGUGCCUCCACACCAGGAGAUCUACUAAGCACAGUAACACUUUGCCACCCAAGAUGCCACUUUUGUUCAACGGCAUCCACAAACACACAAACAGUUCCACGCUGCCUGCAUGUCGAAAGACGAGCGCUGUCACAAAAUCGCACGUAGUCAAUGCAAAGCGUCAUUCCGUCACGCAACGGGUUGUAAUGUUCAGAGAUGAGGUGGCAGUUAGUGAUCUUCAGCCGUCUCUGGACAGGGUUAGAAGUGCUAGCGCCAACUGUCUGACUCCAGACAAUCAUGCCCCCUCACCAGAGACUGACAGAAAAUCAUUGUCACGUACGCUGCCGCGGAGACGUCCGGCGAGUCCCAGGAUUCUUAUUCAACAUGCUUCCCCUGAAGAUGACAGAAUACGGAUGCUACUUCCCGCCCAAGAAACUUUAAUUCACCUCAGUACAAAGACGAGACAGCCUGGGACCUUGGAAACACCUGAAUGUCAGACUCUUGGCAAGAAGCUCUCUGACAGUGGCAGGGGCCACCUCCAAGGUGGUGCGUCUCUUUCCUCCUCAGUGACGUCCUCCUCAGCUCGCAGAGUGAGGCAGCUCCCGCAGCUUCCCCCCAAGAGCAGCACUGUAGAACAAGCCCUGGUAGCAGAGGAGCGUGUCCGUCAGCUCCAGAUGAGGGUGCAUUCCAACCGGGUGUCGGCUGCCUCCACGUCCAGCCAACAGGACCUGGACAGAGCCCUCAAGAACAAACGCGAGCUCUACAAAGAUCAGAGGAGGAGCAGUGAAAACGUUUCCCAUAAGUCCUCAGACAGUGAUGUCAGCGACGUGUCAGCCAUCUCUCGAACCAGCAGUGCCUCUCGCAUCAGUAGCACCAGCUACAUGUCCAUCCAGUCAGAGAGACCCCGGGGACGCUUCAGUCGGGCCAUGCGCGCAACGGGCCACCACAUGAUGAAAAGCACCAGCGUGAGUGGUGAGAUCUACGGCAUGGAGCACACCGACGGCAGCCAGUCAGACACCGCGCUGGGAAGCCUGGGGAGCGGGAUCAAGAAGCGGCGCUCGAGCCUCAGCCAGCGAGUCGUCGCCAUCCUCCCAUCCAGACGCAGCCGAAGUACCUCGCAACUGAGCCAGACAGAAGCGGCGGUUAAGGCGGUGGACAGACAGAAAGAGGCGUCAACAGGUAAGAAAGGCAAAGGCAGCAGCAGCAUCCAGAGGAGUGUGGAGACGGGAAUGGCGGUGGAGUAUCCUCGAGGAGGCUCGGCCAUGAACCGGCAGGCCAGCAGAGAGUCCACUGACGGCAGCAUGAACAGCUACAGCUCUGAGGGGAAUCUGAUCUUCUCAGGGAUGCGGUUGGGUGCUGACAGUCAGUUCAGUGACUUCCUGGAUGGUUUAGGCCCUGGUCAGCUGGUGGGCCGGCAAACGCUGGCAACACCUGCCAUGGGUGAUGUCCAGAUUGGUCUGAUGGAUAAGAAAGGCCAGCUGGAGGUGGAGGUGAUCAGGGCACGAGGCCUUACCCCCAAACCAGGCUCCAAAUCCCUCCCAGCUCCCUACGUGAAGGUGUAUCUUCUGGAUAAUGGAACAUGUAAAGCCAAAAAGAAAACCAAGAUUGCACGAAAGACUCUGGAGCCUCUCUACCAGCAGCACUUGCUCUUCGAGGAGAGUCCGCAGGGCAAAGUGCUUCAGGUGAUAGUAUGGGGCGACUACGGACGAUUGGACCACAAAUGUUUCAUGGGUGUAGCACAGAUCCUGUUGGAGGAACUGGACCUCUCAAGCACGGUGAUCGGCUGGUACAAACUGUUUCCGCCAUCGUCAUUGGUGGACCCUACAUUAGCUCCACUUACACGACUGGCAUCUCAGACGUCAUUGGACAGCUCAGGACCGCCGCCAGGCGUUCGGUCCUAGUGACCGGAUAGCGAUUCGCAAAACCCCCCAGCCCCCCACACAACACCCCUUAAAAUUACAAAACAAUGGACCACAUGCUACUGGACCGCAGCUGAGCCGAGGGCGAGAUCCCAAACCACGAGAAUAAACACGAGAAGCCCUCGGUGAACCAGUGAAAAGCCAGACGGAGAGACAGGGAAUGAGAGAGAGAGAAAGAGAGAAGGAGAGACAGAACUAGCCAAUCAAAGCUUAGCUGGAGUCUGACAAUCAUGUCUCACACCUUCCCUCUUCCUCCUCCUUACACCUUUUUGUUUCAAGAGCUUUUCUUUGCUUUGUUUUCUCCUCUGAACCCACAGUGGUAGAGAUUUCUGUCCAACAUUCUCUCUACUGUUUCCUUUCUAUUUCUUUCUUUCAUUCUUUUCGUCUAACCUUUUUGCGCAGCCCCUAUCAGAACGCUCAAUCCAAGUAGAGUCCUCCUCCUCCAGCCACGGUAGCGCCCCGGCCAAUCAGAGUAGAGCGUACUGCGAGGUCACAGGGACGAGGAGUCUAAACAAUGUGUGGGUUGUUAGUUAGUAGCAAAACGGAUACAGCGUUGUGCUGCUGUACUGUUACCGUAGUAACAAGUGUUGUAGACGAGCACGAGGGGUAGAGGUCUGGCACAGUUUGGUGGCCCCUUCAAACGUGAAGGGCAGCCUGCACAUGCACGUGCACAUUCUUAGCCUUGUUGUGAGAUAGAUACGAAAGCAAGCACAAGAAACGGUCGACUCCUUUAUGCGGAGAAACGGAAAGUUAAAGAAGACACAGGCCAAAGUAAAGGGGAUAUAUGUGAAAUAUGUACGGCGGCGACAUUUGAAAUGGUUUCCACAAUCCCGAGUACAAUAUGUUAGAACGUAGUUGUCACAGCGCGAAUACACAGAGCUGAACGAACACCUAGCAUUGCACUGUGUGUGUGUGCACAUACCCAACUGUCCCAUUAUCACAUGACACAAGGAGACAACAAUAACGAGCUGUGAAAAUGCUACAUAAUUUAAAUAUCCACCAACAACAUAUACGAGAUGUUAGCUAACCUUGGAUAUCUUGGGAAUCUCCACUGCUGACUCUUUUUUUUGGCCCCUGGUCAAGACCUUUUUGAGUGAGGUACUGAGGGUUUCUAGGUUUGGUAACGUUCGGAAAUUUCUGACCCAAAGCCUCUGAAAUGCAGCUCAUUGUGUUUGACGUAUGUCGAGAUCAGACUACACGAUUUUUUUGUCUUUCACAAUGGUCAUUGUGUCAGAUUAUCAAUCAGAGCGGCCGUGGCAACACUACAAAUUUGACCCUCAACCAACCAGCGAAAAAAAGGAUUGUUGACCCAUUCCUGGGUGUCACAAAGAGGACGGUAUGGACUAUUUGUCCCUUAGAGAGAACUUGGAAGAUAACUUCUCUUCACCAUGUGAAGCACUGUUACCCUAUUGGUCCAGGAGCACAGGAGUCAGGAAAAUAGAAAGAAUUAGAGUUAGAAAACUAUAUUCAUUCAUUCAUACAAUUUGAACAUGCCAGACGUUGCAGAGUCUGCCAGACACCAAAUCUCUAUUCUCCAAUUAUGUUACGUUACACGUCUGUUCAUCACUCCCGUCGUUUAUAAAUUUGGUCAAGACCAAAUUGCUUGAAAAUCGGCAAGGAGUUAUCAAUCAUGGCUAUAGAUGCGUUGGACCCAUUCCUGGGUGUCACGAAGAGGACACUAUGGACUGUUUCUCCUCCUACUCCUACUUGAAAAUCGGCGUAAAUUUGCAUAGUCUGAUCCCGACAAUACUCUCGGCGGCCACAAACCGCGACCAAAACAUAAACACGAGUCUGUGUCUCUCAUGUUGCUAUGAUACAUUUCUUACAUAUAUCCCCUUUAACUAGUUGCUUAUUGAAAAAUCUUGACUCGUUUUAUUUCUUUGUCUUUUUUGUUGUUUUCGCGUGAAAGUUCAGACUGGUACCAUACAGUGCAGACUCCCUCUGUUUUUGUGUACGUUUCAUUGUUUUCCGAGCGACGGUGUCAAAGGCCGUUAACAAAGGUCUCGCUACAAUCACCCGAACAAUCUCCACCCAGUCCCCUCGCCUCCCCCGCCCCUCCACGACCCCCCCUCCCCCACCCGUAAACCCUCUAUCUCCCCCUGUAGGAGGGAGCAGCAUGACUCGGGAAAUCGCCCGACCCCCCAGCCCCCCAAGCUGCAUGCACGUUUCUUUUCGUUCUGUUUGUUCUCUCUCUCUCUCUUAAUUCUUUGGUUCGUUUUCUAUUUCCGUUUUUACU